AAGAGAGAGAACUUCGAAGAAGGAAAGGAGUGUCUGGUUUACAAGAAUUCUAACGCGAACCGAAUUUGAGAUUUACUAGUCUAAACCAUUGUAACCCGGAUGUUAAUACUGCGUAGUGUACCGGAUGUUCUUUCAUUUUAGCUGAGAUACGAAAAUGGGCAUGCUAAUUGUUAGCCUCGUGAAAGAGUGUGAAAUUAUACACUUUAAUUGUGUUUUCUGAUCUUGAAGGAGCUAGUUAAGGGUUCAACCAAAAACGUUAACUAAGUAUCUACGGCAUUUCAAGUUAAAUGACUUUGAAUCAAGGUAUUAACUCAAGGAAACGUAGCUAAGGAAAGCAGUUGAAAUAUUCAGACACAACACAGAAGUUGUUGGGAUCGUUCACCCCUAACACAGUGAUGACCUCACAGCAGCAUUCUCUCCCCAAUGCAAAUGUCAACCCUCCCCUCCUCAUCCCCCAGAACUCAUUAGCUCACCCGGGCAGGCCUCACAUUCAUCCAAACCAGCUGGACUCUACUCAGAGUAGUGCUGCGGGGCACCCUGCCUCCCACACAGGUCUGAUGGGCGGUGUGGGGUCCUCGUCGGUGGGGACCUCCAGCGGAGUUGCAGUGAAUAGGGGCACGUUGGCCUCCUGCACUAACUCUGCCUCUUCAAGGACGCCCUCGUCAGGACGCUUUGAACCCUGGCCCGAGGAGGCUGUAGACAAUGCUUACGGCUUGUACUCACUGCACCGCAUGUUCGACAUAGUGGGAGCCCAGCUCACGCACCGCGACGUGCGAGUGCUCUCGUUCCUGUUCGUGGAUGUCAUUGACGAGUAUGAGCGCGGUGGCAUCAGGAGUGGCCGGGACUUCCUGCUGGCUCUGGAGCGCCAGGGGCGAUGUGAUGAGACCAACUUCAGACACGUCCUGCAGCUGCUUCGCAUCAUCACACGGCACGACCUGCUGCCCUAUGUCACACUCAGGAAGAGAAUGACCGUGUGCCCAGACCCAGUGGAUAAGUACCUGGAAGAGACGUCGGUACGUUAUGUGUCCCCCAGAAGAGGAGGAGAGAGCAGGGAGGCUGCACCCCACAGAAGGACAGGUCCCCAGCCAGUGAUCUGCUGUUCUCCAUCGGGGACCCAGGUGGGCCCUUCCCGCACCAAGCCAGGCCCCCCAUUACCCAGCCGCAAAAGAAAGAGGGCCUACGCCACAGGUGACUGCAGGGAAAAGCAAACCUGUGACAUCCGCCUACGAGUGCGUGCUGAGUACUGCCAGCAUGAAUCAGCGCUUCUGGGAAACGUUUUCUCCAACAAGCAGGAGGCUCUGGAGAGGCAGUUUGAGAGGUUCAACCAGGCAAACACUAUCCUCAAGUCCCGGGACCUGGGCUCCAUCAUCUGCGACAUCAAGUUCUCGGAGCUCACCUACCUAGAUGCUUUUUGGCGGGACUACAUCAACGGCUCCCUGCUGGAGGCCCUGAAGGGUGUCUUCAUCACAGACUCACUCAAACAGGCAGUGGGCCAUGAGGCCAUCAAACUCCUGGUCAAUGUGGAUGAGGAGGACUAUCAGGCUGGCCGCCGCAAGCUGCUCCGGAAUCUGGUCACAGGAGUGGGGGCAGGGUCUGCAGCUGAAACCGCAGCCACACUUGGAGGGAGCAGAGGGACUCCAUCCUAGAAACGCAUGCGUCUGCUGCUUUUAGCAGAGGGGGAACCAGUGUCCCGAAUAAGAGAACUUGACUUCAUGGUGAGGACAGGAGCAAGAAAAGUGAAAAGGCUGUUCUGUUUCAGGAAGAAGUGUGAGGGAGAAUGCUGGGUGCCCUGCCCUUUCAUCUAUGAAGGGAAUGUGAAAUAAAAGUGAUCCAAAGCAAGUGAGUCAGGAGAUGUGGAACACAGACCGAAGAGAAGUGCUUUGAAAGUUGAAGGGCUUUGUUCUUUCUGCUGGAGGGACAAUGCUAAUAUUUUCUAUUGUAACUUGUGAGUUGACUAUAAAAUCAGAUUUUACAUUUUCUUUUGUUUUCACACAUCUAUUUCCCAAAAAGUGUUUAUGAAAUUUCCCCUUGUAGACUUUCUUCACAUGGCUAUAAGCGGGCAAGUCACUGUUGGGACAUUUUGCAUUUUGUUUAUUGCCAGGCUAGGACAGAAUCCUUGUAAGCCAGAGACAUUACCAUCAUACAAUUAUUUGGUAGUAAAUAAGUCUGAAAUUUUCUCACUGCUGGUACCUUGCUGUCAAAUGAACAAAUAUUGUGAACCAAAUCAACAAGAAUGAUUCACAAUAUUUGUUCAUUUGACAACAAGGUACCAGCAUUUUGAGAAGGGAAAAAAUAUUAACCUUACCGAGAAGUGCUUGAAAAUUUGUUGCAUCACAAACAUGCAUUCAAUAAAAUAUAGAAUGCACUUUUUUUUAAAGCGCUAAGUCAUGUUGAAGUCAUUUUGCUCCCUAAAUACUGUAUCUGGGCAAUUCCACGGUAGCAGUAACACUGAGACAGCCAAUGUUUCACUUUAAACUGUAUGCCAAACAAAAACCUAUGAUUACAAAGUUAAACUAAGCAUACAACUCUAUGCACAAGAACUUGUUUUAAAAAUUUCCGCAGAACAUUGCAUAUGAAAAGUUUGGUAACCGAAUUACAGCACAAAUUGUCAUUCUGUUACCAAACUUUGCAUCGGCACUGUUCUGUGUUUUUGUAACAUUUUCAGUUGGAAUUGUAAAAAUAGGCAGAGUUGUAAGGUUUGAUUAAUUUUGCAAUCAUUGGUUUUUGUUUAAUAUACAUUUAAAAAAGUCUCAGUAGCUAUGUUUCCAUCAACUUGUCAAGUGAAUUAUAUAUAUUUUUUCUGUCGACAUUUACAAAGUUUGCAUAGAAAAUGGUUGCGACAAUUGCCUGCUAUGGUGCGUUUCCAUUUAACUGUUGUGUGUAUUUAAAAAUAAACGCUGGGCGUAAUGACGGCACUUUUAAAAAAAGGAAAGUGUUGAAUAAAAAUGAAAUGGUUGAAGUGUUUCCAUUAUCCAUUUAGGCAAAUUGCGCGUGACUAAAUUGGCGACAGCCUGUAUGCCCUCCCACCUAUCUGUUUCAUGUCUCAGGUAGACCAAGUUAUCUGGAUAGAAUGCAAUAGUUGACCGAUAUUUGCCGUAGUCUUUAAAAAAAUAUUUAUACAUUUUACCCCUUUUUCAUAAUGUCCAAUUGGUAGUUAGUCUUGUACCAUCGUUGCAACUCCCGUACGGACUUGGGAGAGGCGACGGUCCAGAGCCCUGCGUCCCCUGAAACAAAACCCUGCCAAGCCACACUGCUCGCUUAACCAGCCGCACCAGUGUGUUGGUGGAAACACAGUCCAGCUGGCGACCGCAGUCACCGUGCAAGCGCCCGGCCCGGCACAAGGAGUCGCUAGAGCGCGAUGGGACAAGGAUAUCCCGCCGGCCUAACCUGGAUGACGCUGGACCAAUUGUGUGCCGCCUCAUGGGUCUCCCGGUCGCCUGCGACACAGCCUGGGAUCGGACCCAGGUCUGUAGUAAUGCCUUUAGCGCUGCGAUGCAGUGCUUUAGACCGCUGUGCCAAUCGGGAUGUCUUAUUUGCCAUAUUCUAAUCAUAAUCGUGCCAAUGUAGCGCCACGGCCCGUGCCAUGGUGACUCCUGUAGAUCUGUAAUAAUUGGAUGGUGCAACUUGCAUCCAGCCAACCAGAAAAGCAGGGCGAAGCAAUUCAGGGAAUUUUGAAAGUCAAAACAAUCCUUGUUCUGCAAAGAAACAUUUUUUAAAUUGAAGAUUAGAUUUAGCAAGCAGUAGGCAUUUACAAUGAAAUGUGGAGUGGAGCUUUUAUAGUUACGUGUAUCACAUGCCCGCAUACAUUAAAAAUUGCCAAUCAUAAUUCAUUUGAAAAAGUUUCCAUAAUUUGUUGCAAUAAAUAAAGUUAGACGACAGAAAAAUCCACCCAUGUUGAACGGAUAAUAAUUCUCAUAUCUGCCGUUUCCAUUACACGUGGCACAUUAUUUUGAUGUGACAUUGCUUGGUCAAUGGAAACCUGCCUCGUGUCAUUUACUGUACUGUGGAAUUGCCCGUCUACUCUCCCGUAUAAAAAAAUUGUUAAAUUGUAUUCACCCAUGGCUCAGAUUUCUUAGUGAUUUUGCAUGUCAAAAUUUGCAUUUAAUUUAAAAAAAUGCUACAUUUAUUCUUUAAGCAAUUGUUUUGUUAUCGUUAUAUUUGUGACAGGUACAACCUCUCUGUCUCUUCUAAAUCCACAUGAAAUCAAUCAUCCGUUUACUAUACCUUUUUUGAUGUCAAUGUAAAUUAUCAUGAAUAUUCGCCUCUAGUAGAGAAGCAGGUUGGCAUUUAUUGUCAUGAGUCUUUAACCAGGAAACAGUGAUUCUGCAGAGGUCACUAUAGCUGGCACAGCCACAAAGUCAUAAGAUCUGAUUUUAAACCUAACCUUAACCACACUGGUAACCCUAAUGCCUAACCUUAAAUUAAGCCCUAAAAGCAAAUAUUUGUUUUCAUGAAUUUUUCAAUAUAGCCAAUUUUGACUUUGCAGUUGGCCCAUCUAGUGGAAUUUACUCUGACAUUACUUACAUUAACCAAUCAGGAUUAGACAUGAUGUUAUUUUGGAAUUUGAAAUGGAAAAAAUACUAAUUUAGAUAAUGACAUGCAUAAAUCAAACUUUCAGAAAAAGAAAGACAACGUUUUGAGUUGAUCAAUAUUGAUUCAGUGCUAUCUUUGAUCUGCUUUCCAAGUCAUCUAAAAUUUUACUACAAUUGCUAAUUUUGUUUUGUGCAAAUGUUCAAGACAAAUAAUUGGUGAUUUAUUUUGGACCAAAUUUUCAGGGCAUGUCUGCGUCAAGGAUUCUAUUAUGUUUGGCUGGCAUAGAUUAAUCUUUGUCCACAGUUAAAUAGCCUACAAUCAGACACAAUUUAGCAUGGUUAAGUGCUACCCCAGUUAAGAGCCUCCGAUACUUACUUUAGGAAGUUAACAUUGAGCAAAGACUGCCAUUUGAAUAUUUAAUACAGUUCCCCUCAUUUUGUAAUUUGUUGGUAAAUUAAUGUUAUAGAUGAGCAUUUUUCGCACUUUUGCAGAGCAGCCAUUAAAUAUUUUAUGGAAGAUGAAACCGCUUUCAAAAAUUACUCUUGAUUUUAACUCUAGUUAAUAAAAUGAUCAGUGACAUUCCCCUUUACAUGGUCAUUUAAGAAAAUAGCUAGUCCUAAUUGGUGCUAAAAUCUUAUCUUGGUACAUAAAAGGAUCUGUCUGGUAGUUUGAAGUAAGAAUGCCAGAAAUUAGGGUUGUUUAGCAAUUUGACACAUGCCAUCUUUUAUUUUAGGAUCAGUUUUACUGCUACCUUUUCUUGCUAACCCAAUUAUCUUUAGAUAGAUAGUUGUAUAAAAAAGUCCCCUCGGCCAACUGAAGUUAUUGAGGAGUUUCCCAUACCAACCCUUGGGCACAUGUCAGAAAAGGACACACCACACUUUAAAGCCACUGUUACGAUGGGAUGUUUUUCUAAUGGAAUAUAGCAAAGUUGCAAACUGGUAUCUAUUGUACACAGUGGACAAAUAAUUAGGAACACCUUUCUUAUUGAGUUGUACCCCUUUUACCCUCAGAAGAGUCACAAUUUGUCUGGCAUGGACUCUACAAGGUGUCGAAAGUAUUCCACAGGAAUACUGGCUCAUGUUGACCCCAAUGCUUCCAACAGUUGUGUCAAAUUGGCUGGAUGUCCUUUAGGUGGUGGACCAUUGUUGAUACACACGGAAAACUGUUGUGUGAAAAACCAGCAGCAUUGCAGUUCUUGGCACCUACUGCCAUACCUCAUUCAAAGGCACUUAAAUAUUUUGUCUUGCCCAUUCACACUCUGAAUGACACAUACACGAUCUGUCUCAAUUAUUUCAAGGCUUAAAAAUCCUUCUUUACUCUGUCUCCUCCCCUUCAUCUACACUGAUUGAAGUGGAUUUAACAGAUGUGAUCAUAGUUUUCACUGGUAUUCACCUGGUCAGUAUGUCAUGGAUGGAGCAGGUGUUCCUAUUUUUUUGUGCACUCAGUAUAUAGGUUCUAUACUAGUUUUUAAAUAUCUGACUGAAGAUAGAUUUCAUGUCUGAUCAUGAUCCCCAGAAACUUGAGACAACUUUUGUAACCUGAAGAUAAUUCAUUAGGUUAUAUUUAAUUUGCUUUGCAAAUUUUUUACUGCAUUUUUCUUGCGUAGUGCAAGCAAAUGGGACUGUUCAUAAAUUGGAGAGAUGUGUAUUGUCAAUACCAUACAGCUGAUGGGCACUUUAUUUUUUUAACUGUUUAAAAUAUUUAGCUGUACCACACAAACAUUAGUCAAAUCCACCACUCAGAAAUCUAGGACAUAAAAGCAAAAAAUGCAUCACAUUGUUGUCGACCAUUUUAUUUUGUAAUUAUUUUGUGUUGACCAAGAAAGAGAUUGUGGUAUUAUGUGAAUAUGAACAUGGUUAUAGGUGAUGGGUACAUUUUAAUGUCUGUAAAAAAAAAUAAAGAUCUAUAAAAAUGUUG